AUGCUCCAGACCCUGCGGGGGCAGCAGCCGUGCCCCCCGGAGCCCGACGGCCCGGCGGCCCUGCGGGACCUGGGCGAGCGGGUGGCCGCCUACGUGCACCGGGCCCGCGCGCUGGAGCGGCGCCAGGCGGGCCUCGGCCGGCAGCUGGACGCCUGGCGGGGCUGGCGGGACCUGGCCGGCCAGGAGGAGGCCCUGGCUCGGCAAAUCGCGGACAACCGCCAACGCGCCCGAGACCUGGCAGCGGAGGGGGCCCGUCUGCAGCGCCAGGGUGCUGAGGCCCAGAGAACGCUGGCUGAGUUCCGCAGCAAGUAUGAAAACGAGUGUGAAUGUCAAUUGCUGCAGAAAGAAAUGCUUGAACGGCUUAACAAGGAAGCAGAUGAAGCUUUACUAAAUAACUUGCACCUUCAAAUUGAAGCCCAGUUUCUACAGGAUGAUAUCCGUUCAACAAAGGACAGGUACAAAAAGAAUCUCCUGGAAAUCCAGACCUACGUAAGCAUCCUGCAGCAGACCAUGCAGCUGACUCCUCCGCCGUCUACUUCCAUGAGUGGGAUGGCUAAGGAGAAGCUCCUGAUCAAACAGAAAGCUGUGGCCCUGCAGAGCCAGCUGGAGGAGAGCCAGAGAAUCCUCUCCCGCCUGCAGAUACAGAGGUCCAGGCUGCAGGCCGAGACAACCAGCCUGGAAGACACUAUUACAGAUGCGCACGAGUGUUUCAACGAUGAGAUUCAGCUUUAUAACGAACAUAUUGAAGGCCUGCAGCAGGAGAUCGAGGAGACCGAGAGAGUUCUGGAGCAGUCUUCCUAUGACUUCCAGCAGCUGGCAGCCGCUCAACACACCCUGAAGAACAAGCUGGACCGGUAUCAGGACAUCAUCAAAAGUGAAGGCCACAGGCUCAACUAUGCCUUUGUGGCGACUCCCAUCACCUUCUUCACCCAGUGCCCAAGAGCCUCCCUCAGCCUUCAUCCAGGCAGGAAAGAUCUCACCAGGGCUGUGCACGACAUAACAACAGCAAAACCACGACAAAAAGACCUCCCCACGAACGUUCUAAGGAGAAAGAAGAUUAUAGCUAAAGAUCCAGCAGGAGAAACUCUGGGAUAUGCACCAUUUCGCAGCCUGGAUGACACAAAGCAGGUGCAGGUGCUCCAAGAAGAUGAUGAAAUGAAGCUUAAAUCAGUGGCUGAGGGAGCAAGUCCCCCGAUACAAGAAGGGGCUCCCGAGGACGUGCCUAACGGAGGACAGAUGAGCAAAGCCUUUGGAAAACUCUGCAAGAUGGUCACGGAGAGGGUGAAAAGCCCCAGAGAGCCCGAACCUACAGCUGGAUGUCACACCAAAGGGCUGUAUGUGCUGGUCACAGGGGACACCAGUUAUAUAGAUCCUGGCUUCUGUCCCUUCCCCAUCGUGGCCAGAGGUGAGGUGAUUGUUUCCACUGAGGAAGACUCUAUGCAUCCCGAAAGCCCUGUGAAUUCAGCUUCUGAGCAGCCCAAGUCCCCUUUGGGGAACGGACAGGGGGACCUUCAGGGUAUGGUGCCUGGGCAUUCUGCCAUCGAGCACAACAUAGACGAGGAGAAAGAGAUAAGUGUUAAAGAGCAGGGAGGGCCCGGGGAGAAACCCGCUGACAGGAAAGAGGACAAGGUGGCUGAAAAAUCUUGUCUUGUGGUCCUUCCUGGUCCCAAGGAACCAGUUACAACCCCAUCUCAAAAGCCUGCCGCCAUCCAGGAUAGCUCUGAGGGUCCUGGAGCUGGAAGCAGCGACUUACAGGGAAAAAGCCCUGCGGAAGCCUUGUCAUAUGAGAAGGUGGAAGUAGUGGAAUCCAUUGAGAAAGUAUCAGCUGAGAUAAUUGAAACAUAUGAAGAAACUGCUAUCAUUGUGGAAACCACAAUUGGAAAGACAAAGGCAAACAAGAAGAAACUGUGAGAAAAAGACAAUCUUAAAAUGGCCUGGCUUAAAUGGAGGAAACACCUUUGGGAUAGGGCAAUGCUUUGUACUAUUAUUAUUAUUUUUAACAGCAAAUGCUAAAAGAGUGAGGGUUCUGUUUGUAUGAGACCCUGGUUGACCCAUCUGGCAUUGCCAAGGAAGCCUUGAUUAACAGUGGAGUUUUUUUUUUGCCUGCACCAUACUUUGUCUAAUGCAAGGGGCCUUGGGAAUGUCAGUGGGUCAGCCGCACUUAGACAAAGGCGGGACGACUAUUUUCACUAGCAUGCUUUGUUUAGCUGCCACCAGACCCCACUUGUUUAGGACAGAAAUUUGAUCUUCAUGGUCCACUCAGAGAAGCAUUAGAGACUCAGAUAGUGUGUGUCUGAAUUUGGUACAUACACACACACACACACACACACACACACACACGCACACACGCACACACACGUUGGUGACAUUUAGCUUAUUUUCAUUGCAUUUCAAGCACAAGAGCAUGCUCAUGAUGGUUGAUUAUUUUGUUAGAGAGUCUGGGUUCCUCAGAGGAAGACCCUGACACAAGUAUUUGGAUGUAAGUAGUUCCUCUGGGAUGGGCUUCUAGGAAGCACCAGUAAGGGAAUGGAGAAGUGGGACAAGAAAAGCAAGAUGGGCAGUUGAAGGUGUUCAUGACACUGUGGGCUACGGAGAACCGGGGUGAAGUGCCUCAGACUCAGCGUAGUUGGGAAGCGAGGGAGCCUCUGGAGUGUUUCUGCAGCAACUCCUGUCAGGAGCCAAGGAGUGUUCACUCUGCUACUUUGGCCUCCCACAAGAGCCAGAAGAAUAGCGUGGGGCUAUCAUGCGCCCACGGCCACUGUUGCCAGGCUUUUCUUCCUUGGAGAAAGCUAGCAAGUUUCGCCCAAGCCCUUUGCUGUCGCCAACACAGAGAGCCCCCCACACAAGAUGGGAACCAGGAGAGUAAGGAAGAUUUACUCAGCAAAGUGCAGUAAGCAAAGUACACUUCAAUCAUGAAGAGGAUCCCUCUUGAUGUGGGCAGACCCUGUCUAGGGGUGUAACAUUAGAUCUUAUGGGGGUUGGAUGGUGGGAGCCCAUUGGUUCCCCUCAGCCAUUAUUUUGGUUUCCCAUUGGCCUUUAUCUUUGCAUCUUGAUUGUUCUGAAGAGCAGCAGCCUGAUUGGCUUUUAUUCCAGUACAAUGAGUGGCCUUGUAAUCCACAGUUUGUGUACCUCCUUAUCACGUGAGGCUGGUUGGGAUGAGUCAUUCAGACGUCUGGUGCAAUGGGAGUUUCUGGUUCUAGCCGACCCUGACAGGCUAAGAAAACCUGAAAUCCAAGAAGUAUUGAUACUGGCAUUUGGAAGUCAGUUCAGCAUACCUGGAAGUCAGGAGGACAGCUGGGCAGGGUACCGAUGCUGUCUGCCACAGCCUACAAUAAUGAACACACUUUGUUGCUGUUGUUAAUAGCUUCUUUGAGAUGUGACUGAAUUUAAUCUAUUCAAUUUACCCAUUUAAAGUUUACAAUUCAAUGGUUUUUAGUGUGUUCACAAAGUUGUGCAACCAUCACCACAAUCAAUUUUAGAACACGCUUCCUACCUUGCAAAAAAAGCCUGCAUCCUUUAGCUACCACCUUCCAGCCUUCCCCCAAGCCAUUCCAUAGUAAAUCUACAUCUGCUUAAGAAAAUUUUCACUGAGAUUGCCAUUGUAGGUUUGUAAAUUAAUUAGUCUAAUAAACAUUCAUCGAGCAUACUAUGUGCCCAUAAGGGGAGAUGUUUCAGCUGCAUUCGUACUAUACUCGGAAUAUAGCCUGGCCACACGUGUAUGCGUAUACUUCCUUACAUGCAUAUCUGACAGACAGGAGAUAGAGAGCACAGAAGCAGACAGGACCGCAUGGCCCUCACACACAUGCAGGUAACCCUGGCAGUGGCAGGAUCUGGAAGAGGUGAUUUUGACAACCUAUGAUAAUUUAAAAUCUUAAGUCAGCAGGCACCAGACCCCUAGGCUGACUUUAAACUCCAA